UAAGGCGUGAAAUAUUUGUCGCGUAUACAACCAACACGUGACAAUAUGUUCUGCAACUUUUGGUUUAUCCCAAAGAUUGACUGUUGAAUGUGAAGGAGUUCUAAGAGUACCGUGAUGGUGUUAUAAUUUUUGUAUUGCUUCUUGCAGUAUAGACAUGAAAACGAAAACAUGUGCUGCUGCUGGGUGCUUAUCAUUCAGCAAGCAAUGCAUCAAAUUCUUCAGCUUACCAAGGGUUCCAGCACGCCUGCGGUAUGGGCAGGAAAUGUUGGAUUAUACUUCAUUGCCGAUUCUGCUAGAAUGCUGUACAAUAAAUAUUUGUUCAGCAAACAUUUCCUGGAAAGUGAUUUCACUACAGCUGAAAGAGUACACUUCAACAGAGUGCAAGCCAAAACACUGUAUUGGCCACAGUGGGGUGCUGUAGUGAAUACCUGGCAACAGCUAUUUGAUGAUCACCUUGUGAACACAUUUGAAGCUAUUCGUUCGUAGUCUGGUUUGAACAAUAAUCCAACUGUGGGACAGUUUGUAGAAGCCCGGAACACUACCCUCAUCGAAGCACUUGCUGUCAGAGGUCCGUGUGGAACUAGUUGUGAGGAUGAUGGUGCUACUGUUGUGUGUAACACUGUAGCCUACAUUCAUUGUUCAGGGCACCUAAUGCUUCUUCACCAGAUCAGUCCACAAAUCGUGUCAAGGAAACCCCUGAUGAAGUUCCUGAGUUUCCAUGUUACUCAUCAAGUACAGAAGGACAUGGUUGCUGCACUACAUGCUGGUGACAAGGAAGUGUUCUGAGUAGCCUAUGUCAGUGGUUCCAUUGCCAGACAGGUGCUUCGUGGUGUCAGCUGUGAUGCACGCAAGACAUGCGUGACAUCUGGAGUGCUGCUAUCAGCCAAUGUCUUCAUAUAUUUCAGAGACGUUGGUGUGGAGACUGUUGGUAUGCUGUAACUCUAAUGGAAUCUAUGAUGGCAGGCAAUUCAA